CUAACACUGAGCCCUCCUCUACUGUGGUUCUAAGUAAUCAACCAAGAACUAUAUUUUUCACUGAAAUUUACCAUCAUUUCUCUCACUUUCUCACCUUGUUUCUUAACACCAAAGCAACUUUCUUUUUUGAAUUUUCUGAAUCUUGUUUGUUUCAUGCUUCAUUCACUCACAAGUCACAAUGAGUGGAAGAAAUAUAUUUCCUUUCACAGCGUCUCAGUGGCAAGAACUUGAACGUCAAGCUCUAAUCUUUAAGUAUAUGGUCUCAGGAAUCCCUAUUCCUCCUGAGCUCCUCUUCACCAUCAAGAGAAGUUGUUUUGACUCUCCACUCCCUUCCAAGCUCUUCUCUCAUCAACGUCAACACCAACAUGUUGGGUGGAACUGUUUUCAGAUUGGUUUAGGGAGAAAAAUAGACCCAGAGCCAGGGAGGUGUAGAAGAACUGAUGGAAAGAAAUGGAGGUGCUCAAAAGAAGCAUGCCCAGAUUCAAAGUACUGUGAGAGACACAUGCAUAGGGGCAAGAAUCGUUCAAGAAAGCCUGUGGAAGUUACUUCAAAAACACCACCUCAAUUUAAUCCAUUAACAGAAACCAUUUCACCUAUUACCAAAAACUCUUCUUUUGUCAACCCAUCUUCUGAAACUCUUCAAAUUCACUAUCCUAUUCCUUCUUUUAACAACUCCCUUCUCGCUACCCGUCCCUUUUUAUAUUCUUCAAAGCCUCAGGAAAGUUUAAACUUAAACUCUAGUAACUUGGCUUUGGAUUCUGGUUCUUUCUCCCAGACUGACUUCAGAAACAGAUAUGUUUAUGAUUUGAAAGAGGAGCAUGUUGAUGAGCAUGCUUUCUUCUCUGAACCAUCAGGAACUAUAAGGAGUUUCUCUGGUUCAUCUCUGGAUGAUUCUUGGCAACUUACUCCAUUGACUAUGAGUUCCUCUUCUUCUUCUUCUUCUUCUAAGCAGAGGGGUUGCUCUGGUCUGCAGAAUGAUUACUCUUACUUGCAACUUCAAAGUCUCAGUGAUCACACUCCAAAGCAACAAGAACAUGAAGGACCCCAAAAGACUGUUCACAGAUUCUUUGAUGAGUGGCCACCAAAAACCAGAGAUUCAUGGCUUGAUUUAGAUGAUAAAUCAUCAAAUAGUGCAUCUGUUUCAACCACCAGGCUCUCAAUUUCUAUUCCUUCUGCUUAUGACUUUCCCAUCUUCAAUUCAAGAGCUCCAUGAUGGUAAUUGAACGGUCGUUUUCACACUUUCAAGUUGUUGUAUCAAUUGAUUAACCAUCAUUUAUUCAAAACCUAAAACUCUUGCUCUACUGUCUGUUAUUAUGCAGAUGGUUGAAUUCUUAGUGAUUGGCUUGUGUUCUUAGGACUGUUGAUUUUAGUUUCUUUUUUGGGCAUUUCUGCUAAAUUUGGUGAAGUUUCAUUAUGUGUAUUUAAUGAAGGACCCAAUGUAAUAACUCCCCUUUCUACUUGACUUAAUUGAUUAUGGAUCAUGACAGCCAAAAUCUGUUUUAUUAAUGUAAAUCUUCUGGGAUUCUCAUGUUUGCUUUGAA